GGACGCUGCUCCGGGAGCUGCUGCCCACAGCCAUGCAGCUGUGCAGACUCCGGACCCACCAGUGGUGCUUUGUCCUGUUCAAUGUCCUGCUGUUCCACAUGCUGCUCUUUGGGGCAGACUUGCUGGAGGAAUACUUCCUGCGGUCGUUACCUCUCUCCUACAGCGAUGCAAAGACCCUGGAGAUCAGGGAGCGGGCCAGGAAGCUGGACACAGCCCUGCUGAAGGCCAACCUCUCCAGGUCUUACACUGUCAGCAGCACAACAUGCUCUGAUCAAGAGAUAUUUCUGCUUGUUUUCGUCUGCAGCAGCCCAGGAAACAGGACUAGGCGCAACGCCAUCAGGCAGACGUGGGGCAAUGUGACAGACACCACGGGUUAUGCUGUCCUCACCUUGUUUGCUUUAGGAAGGCCAGCUUCGGCAGAAGCCCAGCAGGAGAUUGAUGAAGAGUCUCAAAAGCACCGCGAUAUUAUUGAGGGCAGCUUCAUCGAUUGCCCUGCGACUCAGACACAGAAGAUGAUGAUGAUUGUGGAGUGGGUGGUGACUUUCUGUCCUCACGCAAGGUAUACUCUUAAAACGGACGAAGAAAUGUUUGUUGGCAUUCCCAGCCUGGCUGGAUACUUGCUCAGCUUGACUCAACUAGAGGAUGUCUACAGUGGGAGGGUCAUCCACCAAGGGGUGCCUGACAGAGACCCCCAGAGCCCCAGCUUCGUCCCCAUCCAUCACUACCCAGAGGAGUUUUACCCGGAUUACUGUGACAGGAGAGCCUUCGUCAUGUCGCAGGACGUUGUGCGCAAGGUGUUCGUGGCCGCCCAGGAGGUGCCAACUUCAGUGCCUGCCGACGUCUUCGUCGGGAUCUGUGCUAAGAAAGCUGGCAUCACUCCCAUCCACAGCUCUCGCUUUUCCGGCGAAAAGCACAUCAGCUACAGUCGAUGCUGCUAUAAAUUCAUUUUUACCUCUUCCAACGUGAACGAGGAUGAGCUAUUUAGGGAUUGGAAGGAAACAAGCGACGGGAAAAACUGCUCGCUGCUGGAAACGUACUACAGCCUGGUGUCCUGCAGGGUUCUGACCUAUAUCGAUAAGUUCAAACAGUUUAACUUGGACAGAAUAACAAGUGAAGCUUUCCAUUUCUCUGAUUAAAGCCUAAUUUUUGGGAAGGAAGGCUGCAUUUCCUUCCACCACUCCUUCUUUCUUGUACAUAGUCAGCAAUCUCCCCUCCAAGUUGGCUUCUUCCCUUCAACAGCUAAUGAAUUACUAAUGCUAUCGUGUUGCAGUAACAAAAGCUUUAAACAUAUUCUAGCUGCAUGCCCUUGUACAUGUGUGUGAAGCAAGUAAAACAAGAACAAAGAAACAUGGUGUGCACCCCGUGUUUUCCUUUGUACAUAAAGAUACACCACCAGUAACAUGUAAACCAUUUGGCUAUAAAAAAAAUGUAUUGGCAUGUACUGAACAGGUGUAGACCUGAGCUCUAAGCUCAAAAACCUGAGGCACACGUGCAUACAAAUCCCUCGUUUGGCACCUCUGUAUUUUAAUGUAUUGUAUUUGGCACACAAACCAUGCAAAACAGAUGUUAAGGACUUGACACAGAGAGCAGCCUUCAUAAGCAACAGCGGAAGACGUGCACAGAAGUGACUCAUGAGCUGCAGAAAAGGUUUAUACUGAUUUCCGUUACCAAGAUUUCAGUGCACAGCUCAUCUAGAGCUACCAGCACAAGAAGCCAUCUGGAAU